AUGAUCUAUGAGAUAAAAUGUUAUUCAGAUAAACAAAUAAUAUUUUAAUAUUGUUCUUUUCCUAAGGAGCAAAUGGAAAAUAAAUUAAAAGAAACUGCAACACAAGGAAAAAACAGAAUGAGAGGAAUAAGAAAGAUUAAGAAAAAAAGGAAGAAGAAAAAUAAAGAAAAUACAGAGAGGUUAAGAAAAUUAAAGAAUUAACAUUAUUUGGAGAAGAAAAAGAAAUAUUAUAAAAAUGAAGGAUAGAAUAUGAAGUUUAAAUGA